AUGGUUCCAGACUUUUCUAGAUCGAAUCACGACCGAAUACGUUUCAAUUCAAAUUAUAAUGACAAUGACGCAGCGAUCGUAUUUCAAACACAUCCAGGAAACGGUGCAUACUUGAGUGAUAAGAAAGAUCCACCAACGAUAUAUUGCAUAUUUAAAAAUGAGCCUGCCAUAAAGAGCAUAACGUGGACCAUCAAUGAAAAUGUACUGAAUAGCACGGAGAGGACCGUCAUUAAAGGCAACUCAACAUUCAGCAUUAUAACGUUUAAUUACGUUGCAGCCAUCUUCGCCAAAAAGGCUGUUAACAUUCUUUUCAUACGACGUGCACAUGUAUUUUACGCUGAGUAUAUGAUAGCCAUUGAGAUGUUUGACUCAGCGAGCGUUUGA